AUCGAUACAAAAAUUGCGCCAAAACGAAUCAACGCAAAGGGAAGGGCACGAAAAAAUUAACUCAACCUAUUUUAAAUUGCUGACGAAGGAGAAUUUCUGAACUAAAACAGCUCGCUCGACUCUACACAACGCUAUGGUUAACAAAGAAAAUGCGAUUAGUUGUUGCCAGCAGGUGAAGUGGAUCGGUAGCCACGACCCCAGCAAGUUUGUGAAAAAUCUGGAGCACAAAAACGUGUACUUCUACGAGAAGUGCAUUUACGGCCCAUUGACACUAGCAGUGGGCGACUACAUAUUGGUAUCGAAUGCAGAUGCGGCAGAGCCAGAUACGGUGGAUGGUUGUGAUGUGGCCAAGAUCCUUCAUCUGUACGAGCUUCGCGAAAUGACCCACAAAGAGACCUGUCGCGCAAUCGUCCAGUGGUACUCACGCCCAAGCGCCAUUCCGCAUAAGGAAUUUGAUGCAGAUGAUAUUGCCAUUGACUUUGGCGUGGAAGUGAUCGAAGAGCAUCGUCCCUACGACAACGACGUGGCCUUGGGGGCCAUUUACCGAAAGUGUCUGGUACUGGAAAACACAUCACAACUCUCUGCCGAGCAGAUAGUGCAACGCGCUUCGGGAAAACUGAAAUCCACUGGCUGCCCCAUGUUUGUGAGCCGAUACAAGUUCAUCAAGGUGAAGAAGCAUUAUCGCCUGAUACCCCUGGAGAUACAGCUGGACGAGCCCGAUGACAAAUCAUCAUCCCGGGCACGGAAAUCGGUGUCAAGGCGCAAUGAAACCAAAACAGGAUCAGCAUCAGCGCGAAAAGCCAAGUUGUUGGCUGUUGCUGGGGAAGCAGCCACCACGGAGAAGCGCAGACGGGCCUCGAUGGCCGCGGCCAGUUCGCUGGAGUUUGUUGAUGUCAAUUACUUUAGCUGCGAGAACAAAGUGUCGCCCAUCAAGAUAGUUGGGGGACGCAGCGUGGUGCGGCUGUCGGAGAAGAAAAAGAGCUCCGCCACUGAGGCAGAGAUUAAUGCCAACUAUCUGACGGCUUCCCCGCUGACCGAAAAGAACGCAAAGGUGGAGACGCCCAAGUCCCGGGCGUCGGCUGCACGCCGCAACCUGAAUCUCAGUCUGGACAGAGGCGCUGACACCACGGCGGACUCGGACUGCCUGAACUAUUCAAUAGUGCAGCAGACGCCUGACCCGAGGACACCAUCAAAUGAUAUGAAAAUCAAACUGCGCAUCUCGGAGCGAAGAAAGUCUGUGCGCCUCUCAUCGAUAGACCACGAUCCCCUAGCCGUUGACGAUGCCAAAGGCACACCAACCACACAGGGACGCAAGCGAAUUGGUGUCAGCAAUGGGGACAUUUAUCACACUCCCACCAAGAAAGCGAGGGAACCGCUGGACAGCAAUGCCGGCGCACAGCUGACGCCCUCGACGCGACGGAAGAGCAUCCUUAAGUCGGCCACUAGUCGAUUGGCUGAAGGCACACCCAGACGAAGCAUCCAGCUAUCCAACAUUGUGGAGCAGCGUGUGUUCAAAGACGACGAAAUAAUAUCCACCCCCAAAAGAGGUCGUAAGAAGAUGUCCACUGAGGACGUGGAUGCGGACUACUCGCCAAGCAAAUCUGUUCAGAAAACGCCCACCCGAGCCCGACGUACAAGUGCCGCUGCCAAGUCGGCAGCGACCCCGACUCAUGGCAAUGCAGCAACUAAAGCUACAGCUGCACCGAUAACACCUUCGCAAAAGCUAAAGAAGAUCCGCUCCGGCGAACUAAGUCCCAGCAUGCAGCAGCGAUCGGGCAAGCCCGUGGAUAACUCUCGCAAGUCCCAGCUGCAGCUGGCACGUGAGCAGCUCCACGUCUCUGUUGUGCCCAAGAGCCUGCCGUGUCGCGAAAAGGAGUUUGAGAACAUCUACAGUUUCCUGGAAGGCAAGAUUCAGGACCAGUGCGGUGGCUGCAUGUAUGUGUCUGGGGUUCCCGGCACUGGAAAGACGGCCACUGUCACAGGAGUCAUUCGCACUCUGCAGCGCCUGGUGGCGCAGGACAAGCUGCCCUCCUUUGACUUUCUUGAGAUUAACGGAAUGCGGCUCACCGAGCCGCGCCAGGCCUAUGUCCAGAUAUACAAACAGCUUACGGGCAAGACUGUGUCCUGGGAGCACGCCCACACGCUGCUGGAGAAGCGAUUCACCACACCGGCGCCGAGGCGCGUGACCACAGUAUUGCUAGUCGAUGAGCUGGACAUCUUGUGCAACAGGCGCCAGGAUGUGGUCUACAAUCUGCUGGAUUGGCCAACCAAAUCGGCUGCCCGACUGGUUGUGGUCACAAUAGCCAACACAAUGGAUCUCCCCGAACGCCUGCUAAUGGGCAAAGUAACUUCCCGACUGGGACUCACUCGCCUCACGUUCCAACCAUACACACACAAACAGCUGCAGGAAAUAGUCACCGCCCGCCUGGGCGGCUCAGAGGCGUUCAAGGGCGAGGCUGUUCAGCUGGUGGCGCGCAAGGUGGCCGCAGUGUCGGGUGAUGCUCGUCGUGCGCUGGAUAUUUGCCGUCGGGCCACGGAAAUAGCUGACACGGCACUGGAUAAGUGUGUGACAAUGCUGCACGUGCAGCAGGCGCUGGGCGAGAUGAUAGCGAGCGCAAAGGUGCAGGCCAUAAAGAACUGCUCGCGUCUGGAGCAGAUCUUCCUGCAAGCUGUGGCCGCCGAGGUCACACGCACUGGUGUCGAGGAGUCCACCUUCAUGGGUGUGUACACCCAGGUGGAGACAAUAGCAGCGUUCAUGGGCGUCUCGCUGCCACCGCCAGGUCGAGCCCUGCGGCUCUGCGCCAAGCUGGGGGCCGAGCGCCUCAUCAUAAGCGAGCACUCGCGCAACGAUCUCUUUCAGAAAAUUCUGCUGAACGUCAGCGCUGACGAUAUCCACUAUGCCCUCCGUGUGGGAGAGGUUGCGGCAGCCAACUGAACAUCAUUCAUAUUCGUAUUCCUUACAUAGACAAUUUCAUAGCUCACUAUUUAUCCAUUAAGCGUUUUAAAAGUUGUAAAUGUAAUUAAAUGUAGUAUUUAAGCGUCCCGUUUAAACAAUUUAAAGUACAAACUCGUUAUU